UCUCUUCACCACGGUUUUGACAUUACUCUGAGGAAACAUCUGGCCUCUUGUGCCUUCUGAACUGACAGCAGUUCGAUCCAACACACUGGCUCAGUUCAGCAGGAACAGGAGUCUAGUCAACACACAACAUUAUGUCAUUAAUAUGGAGCAGAUUAUCUGUGGAGACACCCCGAGGGGGAAAAGUACAGUGAACUUGUGGCAUGCAAGAAGAGAGGAGUUCACAUGGCAUGACUGGAGAGGAGAAGGAUUUGUUUUCACCAGUUUCACAAGGUUUAUGUAUGUUUACUAUUAUUUAAGGGUGGUUUUGGUACAAGUACAGGAUUAACAUCUAUAUUAUAAGAUUGUCUGUUAGUAUUUUUUUUUUUUUACCAUAUGCAGUUGAAACUAAAGGGCCAAAAUCUGUGUACUGGAGUAGACUUGAUUCAUGGGUGUUUGCUGCCCUCUACAGGUCCCAGUGAGGAACUAUCAAUUACACACACACACCACAUAAGAGGUAAACAACUCUGCACUAUGGAAAAAACCUAAUCAUACUUCAAACAGUGUAAACAGUUCAAACAGGGAUGUAAUAAAAAUAGACCUGACCAACAGAAAUAAAGCUAACACUAUCAAAUCAACAAAGAACAAAAACAAGAGAUUCAUUAGAUUUUUAACAAAUUAAUAAAUAUUAAAAUGUAUUUCCAUAAAUGUGAAUUCGUUGAACAUUAUUUAGUUAAAGCAGGGAUUUAAAUAUGCUGUCCCCGGGACUGCACGCAUGAACACGGGAGGAGAAAACGUUCAAGAGACAAGGUAUAUAUUAAAGGAACCAGGAUUUAAAUCCACAAACCAUUCACAAACCGCUUUCUAAAUUUUCAGAGCUCUGUCGUUUUUAAAGUUUAUUUAUUUAUUUGUUUUUCCAAAUGAAAGUUGAGAAAUAAAAUGUAGGGGGCUGCAGGACAAUCCUGCUGUUAAGAUGCUGAACCACUUCAUGUCUUGUAGAGGGCGGAAGUUUUCCCAAAAUGCCUUUAGACUCGGUAAAUCACACGAAGAAGAAGCAGAAGAAGCAGAAGAAGCAGAAAGAGGAACAACAACAACAUGACAGUCAAACAACUUGCCCAGUGCAGAGAGGAAGUUUUUAACUAAAAACUAAAUUAGAUCACUCACAGACAUGUUCAGCGUGGAGACUUUUCAGAGCCAGAUAUGUGCUGUGAUGGAGAGCCUGGUGGAGGCGGCGGUGGCGGAGCUCAGCAGGCUGCUGGAGGGGCACUGGGCUAACGGUAUGGCUCCCGCCCAGCGCCGCUCAGCUCCGGCUGCACUGACGGCUGUGAAGCACGAAGAGGAGGAGGAGGAGAGCGAGGAGCCUGCACCGGAGGAGAGACAGCAGUUUAAUAAAGCUAUAACGAACCAGUUUGCAGUGCUCAUGGGAGCAUGGACCAAAGGUGCAGUGGAGAAAAUAGCUCUGAUGUUGAGAGUGUCCAUGUGUGAAGCUGAGGAUGGCCCUGCUGCAGAGCAGAGAGCCGGACCGAAUGACAAGACCAAACAGAUGAGUGUGAAGCAGAAAGCUGGUCAAGGGGCCAGGCUCAAAAAGAAAUCAGCAGCCAGAGGCUUUCGUCAGAGGAGAAAGAAAAUAGAGGGAGGACUUAAACCAGCAAAAACUGAUGUAGCCACACAUGAACAGAGUAACUCUGGAUCCCCGUCUGAACCUCCAGCCUUGUUAACAGAAUCCAUGUCAGAGUCUGCCCCUGAGCCGGCCUCUGCUGUCAACCAGGAGGACACAGGCACUUCAACUACCACAUCCAAGAUCAGGAAGAAGAAGACUACAGGCCCUUUCAAAUGUCCUUCUUGUGACAAAACAUUUGCUCUUAAAUGUUUGAUGGACAGGCACUACCUCACUCACUCCAAGCCUCACCUUUGCUCCGAGUGUGGCAAACGUUUUGCCGGACUCCAGGGGCUCAUGGCGCAUUCGCGUCGUCACACCGGUGAGAAGCUGUACAAAUGCCCAGACUGCGGGACAGAGUUUGCUUACAAGUAUACCUUCAAGAGACACAUGCGUCAGCACAGUCUGAAGAAACCAAACACCCACGUAUGCACGCUGUGUGAGAAUCAGUUCACCGGGGCGUUGGCGCUUCAGCGGCACAGGUGUUGUGCCCUGAAAAAGACCUUCGUCUGCUCUCUUUGUCCAGAGACAUUUGAGUGCAGAAAGAGUUUGGCCGAUCACGAGAACCUACAUUCAGGAGACAGAGAUUUUGUCUGUGAAAUGUGCGGUGAGAGUUUCUUUUCGUCCUCAUCUCUGGCCACUCACCGGGUGACUCACAUGCAAAAGGAAAACUGCUGCGACCUGCUCGGCGUCGGAUGCAGCGACGUGAGCGUCCUUAAAAAUCACCUGAGCAAACACACGGGAGAAAAACUUUUCCCCUGCGAGGUUUGCGGUAAAGGUUGCAGUCACCAGAGCGCCCUGAAGCACCACAUGCUCACGCACACGGGGGAGAGGCCGUACGUCUGCGAGACCUGCGGCAAACGCUGCGGCCACGCCAGUGCGCUUCAGAACCACAUGAGGAUACACACAGGGAAGAAACCGGGGCAGCAGCCGGUCUGCACCGUGUGUGGGAAGAAAUUAUCCUGCAUGGUCAAUCUCAAAUAUCACAUGAGCAUCCACACGGGGGAGAAGCCUUAUACCUGCGAUCAGUGUGAUAAAAAGUUCAGCAACCCCAGCAAUCUGAAGUUACACAUGACAAUUCACUCAGGGGAGAAGAUGUACGGCUGCAACAUCUGCGGCAGGAGGUUCACUCAGUCCAGCAGCCUCAAGCUGCACAGACGGAUCCACACGGGAGAGAGGCCGUAUUGCUGUGUGGUCUGCGGGAAAGGGUUCAUGCACAGCGGCGACCUCAAGAAACAUCAGAGGUGUCACCUGCCGGAGCAACCAGGAGAUGGACAGUCUGCAGUAAAAAUCUAAAAUAUUCACUUAUUGUACUGAGCACUGAUAUAGACUGAUAUAUAUUUACACACAGCUGGGCAAUGUGACAAUUCAUACUGUGAGACAAAAUGAUUUCAGAUGUGAUUAUUAAUGAUUAUUUACUUUCUCAUUUGAGUUUCUAGAGCAUUUUUUAAAUAUAAAAAUUACAUACAGUACGUGGAGAUGAUGAAACCAGCUGAGGAACAGAGAAGCUAGAAAGUCACUGCACUGUGUUAAUAAUCAGUGUCGUCGUGACGACCAGCCGACUGUUUCCACCCACACUGCUGCAGGUGAACACAGUGUGUUAGCAAAACCUUUAUGAUUCAUCUGUGUAAAGUACUGUGAUUUCAGCACAUAUCUUUGUCACAGCACAGUAUUUUUACAUUAUCCACAUUUUUUACUAUGUCUGGUACUAUAAGCUGUGUGGUCCCAACACAAAGUUAUUAUAAUAUCCUGAAUGCAGCCACACAAACAGAAACAUCAAUAACAAGUGAUGGCUUCUUUCCACAAAUCAAGUUCUUCCACGCCAAACUGAGAAAACCAAUAUUUUGUGGAUUAACUAAUAAAAAAGUUUAACAUGUCUUAGAAGUUUGUUCACUGCUGUCUUCAUUAGGAUCUGUUGACUUUACAGCUCUCCUUCUUAAAACAGUGCUUGUCUUUAUUUACUGUUUAAUGUUUUCUUUCCCACUUGAUUGGUUUUACUGGAAUCACACAAAUUACUUACAUGUGGGUAAUUUCCUUUGUCAUUAAACAAAAGAAGGGGUGGGAGGGGGUAAAUGAGGUCAAUAAAAUAAGCAGAUCUCCUGAGGUAAUUAUCACUUCAUCAGAGCCUGAGACCUUCUAUAAAACUACUGGGGAGAAAGACACUGACUUAAGAGAAGGAGUGGGACUUUGGCAGAAGCUGUGGUCACAAAUACAGCUACAGUUUGAUGAUGUUUCAUGAAAACAGUAGUUAAACAUGUAAUGGAUGGAUUUCACAAGAUUGGAAUAAAGACAAAGA